UUAUGGUGAUUUAAUAACCCCCACUUGACAUUCUUGUCUUGACAGUCCUAUGACCUGGGGCAUGAAAGGCAUAUGGGAUUCCACCAUAAAAUGGAUGUGAUCUGAACCAGUUGGUGGACACAGAUAAGAUACUCUAGGAGGCAGCUUCUGCUUGAGGCUAGGUCUCAGGGAGUGGUUACCUUGAGACCAGUCCUAAGCAGCUCAACAGAGAGGACACAUCUUAAAGCAUCUGAAGGGGCUCAAGUCUCUGACUCUCCAGCAGCUGAUUCCAAUGCUAUGAGUAAGAAUUAGUACAGAAGGAGCAGGAUGAAAAUAUGGCAGUCCUGUUGUUACCACCGGGUCCUGAAAGCUUCCGCCGGUUCACCCCUGAAUCCUUGGCUGCUAUCGAAAAACGUAUUGCCGAGGAGCAAGCCAGGAGCGCCAAACAGGAGUACAGAGAAGAUGGAAUCAACGAGGAGCCCAAGCCGGUGCCGCACCCUGACCUGGAGGCCGGCAAGCAGCUGCCCCGCAUCUACGGGGAGUUCCCAUCCAACCUCAUCGGAGAGCCCCUUGAGGAUCUCGACCCAUACUACAGAAACCAGAAGACCUUUAUAGUUCUAAACAAAGGAAAAACAAUCUUCCGAUUUAGUGCCACGCCUGCUUUGUAUAUAAUUAGCCCUUUCAAUCCUAUCAGAAGAGCUUCAAUCAAAAUUUUGGUACAUUCAUUGUUCAGUAUGUUUAUAAUGUGCACUAUUUUAACAAACUGUGUGUUUAUGGCCAUGUCUGAGUCCGGAACGUGGAGCAAGUAUGUCGAGUACACGUUCACCGGUAUUUAUACUUUUGAAUCACUGAUAAAAAUCCUGGCACGAGGAUUCUGCUUGAAAGAAUUUACUUUUCUCCGGGACCCAUGGAAUUGGCUGGAUUUCAGCGUUAUCGUCAUGGCAUACGCCACCGAGUUUGUGGACCUGGGCAACGUGUCAGCGCUGAGGACAUUCAGGGUACUCCGGGCACUGAAAACUAUUUCGGUCAUUCCAGGGUUGAAGACCAUCGUCGGGGCUCUCAUUCAGUCUGUACGGAAGCUGGCGGACGUCAUGAUCCUGACGGUGUUUUGCUUGAGCGUUUUUGCCCUCAUCGGGCUGCAGCUCUUUAUGGGGCAUUUAAAGCAGAAAUGCGUGCGAGACUUCGAGGCUCUAAACGAAACCAUGUCCGGCGCGUUGGAAUGGAGCAACGACACGUGGCCGUCCUACGAGGACUUCAUCGCCGACGAAGCAAAUAUUUUUAGAAAGCUUGACACGAAGCAACCUCUACUUUGUGGCAACAGUAGCGACGCGGGAAAAUGCCCCGAGGGAUUUAGGUGUCUGAAGACCGGGAAGAACCCAGAUUAUAACUAUACCAGCUUUGAUACGUUUGGUUGGGCCUUCCUUUCUCUCUUCCGUCUCAUGACCCAAGACUACUGGGAGAACCUAUAUCAGCAGACUCUCCGAGUAUCAGGGAAGACCUACAUGAUAUUUUUUGUAUUCGUCAUUUUUUUGGGUUCUUUUUACCUGGUGAACUUGAUCCUGGCCGUGGUUGCCAUGGCCUAUGAAGAGCAGAACCAAGCUACCAUUGCUGAGGCUGAAGCAAAGGAGAAGGAGUUUCAGCAAGCGCUGGAGCAUCUAAAAAAGGAGCAAGAGGCCGUGGCAGCCCGAGGGCCCGACGCUGCCUCUCAUAGCUCCUGUGAAAUGUCACCUUUUAGCUCCAAGUUUGCUAAAGAAAGGAAAAACCGACGGAAAAAGAAGAAAUCCUCGGAAGUGGAAGAGUACUGCGAGGAUAUGAAGCACGCCAGAGGCGAGUCCGACGAAGAAAGCACGAGGAAGAUGUCGGUGCUCGGAAUUGGUUUUGGGCCUGGUUCUGGAAAACGGAGGAUAAGCCAAGGAAGCAUAUUUAAUUUCCGGAUCCGCGGCAGGGACCCUUGCUCGGAAACGGAGUUCGCAGAUGAUGAAGUGAGCAACGCGAGCGAUGGUCACCGGGGGUCUCUGCUGGUACCCCGUACCGGGAGACGCCAAAGCACGCAAAGCCAGACCAGCCCCAACUCCUACCCUAAUACACCCGGAUUUACGCAGAACGGCAAAAGGAACAGUUCCGUGGACUGCAACGGAGUGGUGUCUUUGGUUGGCGGAGCCGGGACGUAUUCCAACCCGGCAUCCCCGGGAGGAUUGCUUUUGCCGUCGGUCAUACUGGAAAAAAACGGAGCCGAGGAAAGUAUGUCUCCUUUAGACCUGGAAAUGAGCAAGAUGCAGCUGCUGAUGCCCCACCGCCUCUCCGUGGAUUAUAUCGACCAACCGUUUCAGAGACAACGUGCCGUCAGCGCCGUUAGCAUCCUGACCAAUGCCAUGGAAGAAUUAGAGGAGUCGCGUCAGAGGUGUCCUCCUUGCUGGACGCAUUUCGCUCAGAGGUUUCUGAUCUGGGAUUGCUGCGAACUUUGGGUGCGAAUCAAGAAGACCGUGCGAUUUGUCGUGAUGGACCCCUUUAUUGAUCUGACCAUCACUAUUUGCAUCGUCCUUAACACAAUAUUCAUGGCUCUGGAACACUACAAAAUGACCACGGAAUUCGACAGGAUGUUGUCUAUUGGUAACUAUGUCUUCACGGGUAUUUUUACGGCUGAAAUGGUCUUCAAAAUAAUUGCCUUAGAUCCCUAUUAUUAUUUCCAGCAGGGCUGGAAUAUAUUCGAUAGCAUCAUUGUCUCAUUGAGUUUAAUGGAAUUAUGCCUAGCGAGCAUGGGAAACCUGUCAGUUCUACGCUCCUUCCGACUGCUUCGAGUCUUCAAACUGGCCAAGUCCUGGCCAACGUUAAAUACGCUCAUCAAGAUCAUCGGUAACUCCGUUGGUGCUCUGGGUAACCUCACGCUCGUUUUGGCCAUCAUCGUCUUUAUUUUUGCCGUGGUGGGGGUGCAACUUUUUGGGAAGAACUAUCUUGACUGCGUUUGCAAGAUCAACGAGGAUUGUAAGCUGCCCAGGUGGCAUAUGAAUGAUUUCUUCCACUCCUUCCUCAUUGUGUUCCGGGUACUCUGCGGGGAAUGGAUCGAAACCAUGUGGGACUGCAUGGAGGUGGCCGGCCAGCCAUUGUGCAUUCUUGUCUUCAUGCUGGUCAUGGUUAUAGGGAACCUUGUGGUGCUGAACCUCUUCCUGGCGUUACUCCUCAGCUCUUUCAGCGCCGACAACCUGUCCGCCCCCGACGAGGAUGGGGAGAUGAACAACCUGCAGAUCGCCAUCGCCCGGAUCCAGAAAGGAAUCUCCGCCGUUCAGCGGAUCGCCCUGGACUUCCUCCGGAAUCUGUUCAGCAAGCCCAAGAAGCCGGGGGAGACGUUCAUAAGCGGCCUGUCCGGGAAGAACAGGAACAUUAACAAUUUCAACAUGCACAAUCACAUGAGCGCGGGCGAGCCGGGGAAGGAAAAAGAAGAUCACGCCGAAGGGAACGGCACGAACGGAGGGAUAUCCAAAAACGGGGAAAAAUACGUGGUGAGCGAAAGCGACGAUUACAUGACCAACCCCCGCCUCUCCGUCUGCGUCCCCAUCGCUUUGGGCGAAUCGGACGUCGAGUACCACGACGAGGACGAACAGAGUAUCUUCACCGACGUGGAAAUCAGCAAAGAGAAGCAGGACAGUAUUUCCGAGUGCAGUACCGUAGACCUGAGGAAGUCCAAGGAGUUGAUAGAGCAAAUUCCAGAUUCCCCAGUAGAAUCCAUGGAACCUGAGGAAUGCUUCACAGAAGGCUGCUUGCGAUACUCUCCUUGCUGCAAAAUUGAUAUCACUCAAGGAGUUGGCAGAGUUUGGUGGAAAGUCCGAAAAACUUGCUACAGGAUCGUGGAACACAACUGGUUCGAGACGUUCAUCAUUUUCAUGAUCCUGCUGAGCAGUGGCGCGCUUGCAUUUGAAGAUAUUUACAUUGACCAGAAGAAGACCGUCAGAACCAUACUGGAGUACGCAGACAAGAUCUUCACGUAUGUCUUUGUCCUGGAGAUGCUCCUUAAAUGGGUGGCCUAUGGCUUCAAGAAGUAUUUCACCAACGCCUGGUGCUGGUUGGAUUUCUUCAUUGUUGCGGUGUCUUUAGUAAGCCUCAUAGCUACUGCCCUUGGAUUCUCCGAUUUCGGUCCUAUUAAAUCCCUUAGGACCCUCAGAGCUCUAAGGCCUCUGAGAGCGCUAUCACGAUUUGAAGGGAUGAGGGUUGUGGUAAACGCCUUGAUGGGGGCUAUCCCGUCCAUCAUGAACGUCCUGCUGGUCUGUCUGAUUUUCUGGCUCAUUUUUAGCAUCAUGGGAGUGAAUUUAUUCGCCGGAAAGUUUGGCAAGUGCAUAAACGCCACGACCAAGGAGCAAUUGUCUUACGAAUUCGUUGAAAACAAAACUCAGUGCGAUGCCCUCGGCGACUCGGUGGCCUACUGGACAAAAGAGAAGGUCAACUUUGACAACGUUGGCGCGGGAUACCUCGCAUUACUACAAGUGGCGACAUUUAAAGGAUGGAUGAAUAUCAUGUAUGCAGCGGUGGACUCGCGCGAUAAGAUUGAACUGCAGCCGAUAUAUGAAAUAAACAAGUAUAUGUACUUGUAUUUUGUGAUUUUUAUCAUCUUCGGCUCUUUCUUCACUCUGAACCUGUUUAUCGGUGUAAUCAUUGACAAUUUUAACCAACAAAAGAAGAAGAUAAGGGGUCAGGACAUCUUCAUGACUGAGGAGCAAAAAAAAUACUACAAUGCCAUGAAAAAACUGGGGUCAAAGAAACCGCAAAAGCCAAUUCCCAGGCCCCACAAUAAGUUUCAAGGUUUCGUCUUUGACGUGGUGACGAAACAAGCUUUCGACAUCAUCAUCAUGGUCCUUAUCUGCCUGAACAUGGUCACCAUGAUGGUGGAGACUGACGAGCAGAGCCAAGACAUCGAGUCAUUACUUUAUAAGAUCAAUUUGGCGUUUGUGAUUAUUUUCUCUGGAGAAUGCUGUCUUAAAAUCCUGGCCCUCAGGUAUUAUUUCUUCACCAUCGGAUGGAAUAUUUUCGACUUUGUGGUCGUGAUCCUUUCCAUUGUGGGAAUUGUACUUUCGGACAUUAUCGAAAAAUAUUUUGUGUCUCCAACUCUGUUCAGGGUAAUCCGUUUAGCUCGAAUCGGACGCGUACUCAGACUUAUUCGCGGAGCUAAGGGAAUCAGAACCCUUUUGUUUGCCUUAAUGAUGUCACUUCCCGCUUUAUUUAAUAUUGGCCUAUUGCUAUUUCUGGUCAUGUUCAUAUACGCUAUUUUCGGCAUGGCUAACUUUGCCUACGUGAAGAUGGAAGCUGGCAUCGAUGACAUGUUCAACUUCCAGACUUUUGGAAACAGCAUGAUAUGCCUUUUCCAGAUUACGACGUCCGCUGGCUGGGACGGUCUUCUCAGCCCGAUAUUAAACAGCGGACCCCCAGACUGCGACCCGCACUUUGUCAACUCUGGAAGCCUUACUGUCGGAAACUGUGGGAACCCCUCCGUGGGAAUUGUAUUUUUUGUCAGCUACAUAAUCAUAUCCUUUCUCAUUGUUGUAAAUAUGUACAUUGCCAUCAUCCUUGAAAACUUUAGCGUUGCUACGGAGGAAAGCACGGAACCCUUAAGCGAAGACGACUUCGAGAUGUUCUACGAAGUUUGGGAAAAAUUUGACCCCGAAGCGACGCAAUUCAUCAGUUACUCCCGCCUCUCGGAGUUCGCCGACUCCCUGGCGGAGCCUUUGCGCAUACCAAUACCAAAUAAGAUUAAACUCAUCGCCAUGGAUCUCCCCAUGGUCAGCGGGGACAGGAUCCAUUGCCUGGAUAUAUUGUUUGCCUUCACAAAAAGGGUCCUUGGCGAAUCCGGAGAGAUGGAUACGCUAAAAGCACAAAUGGAAGAAAAAUUCAUGGCGGCCAACCCGUCCAAAAUUUCCUAUGAACCAAUUACAACCACCCUAAGACGGAAACAAGAGGAGGUGUCCAUCUGCGUGAUUCAGAGGGCCUACAGGAGGCACCUGCUUCGCCGUUCCAUGAAGCAGGCCUCAUUCUUAUACCGUCACAGGUCCUCUGAUGGUAACAUUAUUGAAGAGGACGCCCCGGAAAAGGAGGGACUCAUUGCGCUCAUGAUGAAUGAGCAUUACGGCCGCUCCCUCGACAAAACAGAGUCUAUAUCUUCGACUUCCUUCCCGCCGUCCUAUGACAGCGUGACUAGAGACACGAGCGACAGCACGUUGUUAAAACGGGAAGACUCGGCACAAAAUGAUGACUGUAAAAUACGUGCAGAUCCAGAUAAAGAAUCAUUUGUAUAAUCAAUGGGUUUUUUUUUUUCUUGUUUUUUUUUUAAAAAAAAAAUGCUUUCAGGUAUUGUUUACAAAAAAAGACGUAAGUGCACAAAAUGUUUGGACAGCCAUUCUAUAAAAUGUAGUUGCGAAUGACUUUUAUUUUCUUUGAACUACUGGGAACCGAAUGCUUUUACAACCGUCGAGCGCAGUCAAACUUUGGUUUAUAUUUCUAAAUGGAAAAAAAAAACCUUAGUCAAAGAAUUAAUAAAACAGUGGUGUGAUUAUGAAUUAUACUUAAUUGUAAAGAGUAACGCAGUGUAUCUCGAUACACGGAAAGACGCCUGACUGUAUACAUUCAUUUAUGGUCUUAUAUUAUUAGUGUGUUUUAGUUUAAAAAAAAAAAAAAAAAAAAAAAAAAAUAAAAUAAAAAAAAAAGGGUAAUAUAUGACCAUUCUAAAUUAAUUCCAAAUAUCACAGGCUGCCGUAGCAAAAUGUAUACACUUACUGUAUAUGUCAUGAAUGGUCUUUCAUAAAUUUAUAUUUGAUAUUUUUUUUACAUAAAAUAAAAACAAUGUUCUCUUUUUUUCCCGUGAUGGAGGGGGGGGGGCGGAUCGAUAUUUAAAGAUCUGCAUUCUGAACAAUCGGAUGAUGUAAUAAUAAAAAGAAAAAAAAUAAAAUAAACAAUAACGAGUGACGAAGAAUAAACAAUGGAGAACUCUCGGAUCUUGCUGCUGGAAAAAAAAAACUUGUUAUAAGAUAUUUGAACUGUUUAUUACAAGCUGAUAUGUUAUUGCUUGGCAUGAAUACAAAUAAAGAUUUCAAAAA